AUGAUGGCGACGACUUCGAGCGCUAACGACUUGGUGUCGAGCGAAGAUGAGAUGCUGCAGUCCGUGCCGCUGCCUCACGAGCGUGUUGUCUAUUGGGGAUCCGGCAGUCCUCAAGCUUGGCGCAUCUUGAUCGCGUUACAGGAAAAGAACUUGCCUUACCGCAGUGUAUGCAUCAGUUUCUCCAGUGGUGUGCUCAAGACGCCGUUUUUCCGAGCGCUCAAUCCGCGCAUGCGGAUUCCUGUCCUCGUUGAGCCAGUGGAGCACCUCCGACAACAAUUGGACAAGAGAGCUCGGGGAAACGUCGAUGCUACGACAUUGAACGUUCCGAGAAACGUAGACGAGACCGUCAGGUCGGAUACCCCGCGACAUCUAGCGAUCAACAUGUCGCAGGAUCGUACGAUUGUUUACGAGUCUGGCGCGAUCUUGGCUUACUUGGAGAAGACGUACGAUGAGGCACCUUGUAUGCCACUAUCACCAGCUCUUUAUGCCGUGGCGCAGUCUCGUCUGCAUGAAUCGAAUGAGAUCUUGUCCAUCGUAGGCGACUUGGUCGUCUACUUGCGUCGGUUUCCACACGAGAAACGCAAUGUAGCAGUUGUGAAUGCCAAGUGGGCGUCCGUCGAGUGUGAAUUGAGGCUCUGGGAGUCCUAUUUGGAUGGACAUGAGUUUCUCGUGGACCCUGAGGUGCCGUAUCUGUGCGACUUCACCCUCUUUACGAACAUUGCUUACGCAGUUCGAUGUGGCUUACAGCUCGAUGGACUCUAUCCGCGUUUAGCAAGAUUCUACGUGCGAUUGUGUGCGCGAAAAUCAAUUGAGACGACUUGGCCGCCACAUUGGCGUACGACCUUUGGGUCGAAAGUGCUCACGAAAACAUGUUGCCAAUGCGGUGGUGGAGCCGUCCAGCCAUGCACCUGUAGACAGCGGUCGCCCGUAUCACCGACGUCAGCGCAAGCUACUCAGCAGUCAUCGUAG